CCUUAGUACACAAAACAAAGCCGAACCUAUGAGUUAUACUCCGGCGUAUAUCAUCAACCUGAAAUGUAAUGCCAAAAAAGAACAUUGAACACCGCGAGAUCUGUCAUUCGAAUACCGUGAUCCACAGUGAUCAAUGAUUGCACAUGAAUCAUAUUUCCUCCAUCUCCAUUCGUCGCUCAAAUCUAGGUGAAAAAGUUAAUGUUAUUGUACUGUAAUUCGUGAAGGUUGUAUCAGACAGGAGUUGGGGGCGAAAAAUGCCAAGCGUCGGUGUGAAGCUUUAUAGUGUAUUCUUCAAAUUCAUGCUGAAGCAUCGCUUGCAGAAUCGAUUUCAAAACCAGGUUACAGACGGACCCGAUGGCAGCAGCACCGCCGCAUUUGGAGUCACUUCGCGGCCGGAAGAAGAGUCCAUAGCCGCCGCUAGUCCCGUCUUUACGGAUGGAGUGGCCACAAAAGAUAUCCACAUUGAUCCGUUAACUUCUCUGUCCAUUCGAAUCUUCCUUCCCCAAACCUGCCUUGAUUUCCCCGAUCCCGAUUUCAGACUUCAAGCUAAAUCCAAGGUUAGGGCUACCGUGAGCAAGUCAGAGUCCGUUCCCGGAUCCGAUUCUAAUCAAACACUUAUUCGCCGAAGUAGCUACGGCUCUCCCGCCACUAACAAUAGAUCCAUUUCUCGAACGGAGAGUAUUAAUCAGAGUUUUAAUUACAAUAAUCACCCAAGAAAUAGUCACGGAUGCAGUGCAGAUGAUCUCAGAUUGGCAUCCACUAACGGGGUUUACAGAGGCUACUCACCUGCCAGUAAAAACUGCCGGAAGUUGCCGGUGAUAUUGCAAUUCCACGGCGGAGGUUUUGUGACAGGAAGCAAGGAUACUGUGGCGAACGAUAUCUUCUGUAGAAGGAUCGCCAAGCUCUGUGAUGUGAUUGUGUUGGCCGUUGGAUACAGGUUAGCUCCAGAGAAUCGAUUUCCUGCAGCUUUCGAAGAUGGGUUGAAGGUGCUGUAUUGGGUAGCUAAGCAAGCCAAUUUGGCUGAAUGUUGUAAGUCCUCAGUGGGAAGCAAGCAAAUUGCAGAUGCCUUUGGAGCAUCAAUGGUGGAGCCUUGGAUGGCUGCUCACGGAGAUCCGUCAAGAUGUGUACUCCUUGGAGUGAGCUGCGGGGGUAAUAUUGCCGAUCAUGUGGCACGGAAAGCUGUAGAGGCAGGCAAGCGCUUGAACCCGGUCAAGGUAGUGGCGCAAGUUCUAAUGUACCCCUUUUUCAUCGGAAGCAUUCCCACACACUCGGAGAUGAAGCUUGCCAACUCCUACUUCUACGACAAGGCCACAUGUAUACUCGCGUGGAAAUUAUUACUACCAGAGAGUGAAUUCAAUCUUGACCACCCAGCCGCCAACCCACUUGUCCCAGGGAGGGGACCUGCAUUGAAACGGAUGCCCCCAACAUUGACAAUAGUGGCAGAGCAUGACUGGAUGAGGGAUAGGGCCAUUGCCUACUCAGAGGAGCUGAGGAAGGUAAAUGUUGAUGCGCCGGUGUUAGACUAUAAGGAUGCAGUGCAUGAAUUUGCAACUCUAGACAUGCUUCUUAAGACCCCACAGGCUCAAGCGUGUGCUGAAGAUAUCGCCAUAUGGGUUAAGAAGCACAUCUCUCUGCGAGGUCAUGAGUUUUCAUACUGAGUUAUGAAUUCAAGGACAGUCUUGUAAUUCCCUGUGCCUGAUGGGCUUAACAUUAAAAAAAGGCCCAUUUUGCCCUUUAUGUGUAGAGUAAAGAGAGGUAUACUUUGGGCCUGAGAUGACGGUCUCCUUACAAGACCGCCUUGAGUUUUGAUCACACUAUGCUGCACAACCAUGGGACUGUUUGUAUGUGGAGAUGUCUGUCUGUUGACAAUGAUGAUUUGGGUGUAAGAAAGUACUUCCCCGAUCGAUUGCAGAAUUUGAAGAUAAACCCCGUUGUAGGUGCUCCCCCAGCUAAUUCUCUUCAUUCCAUUUGUUAUUGAAUUUGUACAAUCCUUGGUGAAUAUAUAUAUUAUUAUUUUUACUCUUUU